AUGGUCAAGUGCUCAGGACUGGUACUCCUUACAGCGCUCACUUUUGUUAAAGGCCAUGUGGCUUAUAGGAAUACUCCUAAUAAGCUUCAACCAGUGCAUGGACUUUACGUGAAACCAUCUGUAGACGGAACCACAGGGGACUUGUACGUCGCGGCCUCAGAAGACAGCGGUGUCAAAUCACAGUGGCUCACAGACCAACCCGUCGGUUUUCUACCAGCAACCGCACCGGCACAUCAAGCAUUGCCUAUUGGUUACAACCCAAAUGCCAUAACUGAUGACCCAAUCAACACUCAGAAGCGGGCAGUAGUCAACGCUCCUCUGCAAUAUGCCUACGCUUAUCCUGUCCAAGGUAAUACAGACGGCAACGCUGUGGUUCCUUAUUCCUACGGUAUACCAACUCCAAAUUCAGCCCAAACAAACACGGAAUCACUAACUCCACGUAACCCCGAUGCAGCUUUAGCAGCAGGUGUACCACAAUAUCAUCCCCUUCAGUACUUUUACCCGCAAAUGAUGUCGGCUUAUGCAGAACUUUUGAACGCCUUCAAAGAAAAUGCUAGUGUAGCUGCCAGCGCCGUUGGAACUAAUGACGAAUCCAAUACUGCUACUACUUCCCAAUCUCCUUCCAUGUGGCCAUACGCAUAUCCUGUACAAUACGUGAUGGUAGACCCCAGCAUGUGGGGCCAAGCUGCUGCAGUUGCAGCUACGCCAUCCACUACAACAAGCGCCACAGUCAUUGAUAACGAAUAA